GCCCAGAUUGCCUUUCUUCAAGGAGAAAGGAAAGGUCAAGAAAAUUUGAAGAAGGAUCUUGUGAGGAGGAUCAAAAUGUUGGAGUAUGCUCUUAAGCAGGAAAGAGCCAAAUACCACAAGUUGAAAUAUGGGACAGAAUUGAAUCAGGGAGAUAUGAAGCCUCCAAGCUAUGAUUCUGAUGAAGGUAAUGAAACUGAGGUGCAGCCACAACAAAAUAGCCAGUUAAUGUGGAAGCAAGGUCGACAGUUACUCAGACAGUACCUACAGGAGGUGGGUUACACAGAUACGAUUCUUGAUGUGAAAUCUAAACGAGUGCGGGCUUUGUUGGGCUUUUCAAAUGAUGGCACUGACAGGGAAGAUGACAAAAAUCAGGAUUCAGUUAUAAAUGGCACUGAGGCUGAAGUUAAAGAGACAGCAAUGAUUGGAAAAUCCGAGUUAACAGAUUCUGCCUCUGUACUGGAUAAUUUCAAAUUCCUUGAAAGUGCGGCUGCAGAUUUCAGUGAUGAAGAUGAAGAUGAUGACAUUGAUGGAAGAGAGAAAAGUGUCAUUGAUACUUCAACGAUUGUUAGGAAAAAGGCGUUGCCUGAUAGCAGUGAAGAUCGAGAUACAAAAGAAGCUCUCAAGGAGUUUGACUUCUUGGUUACAUCAGAGGAAGGAGACAAUGAAUCUAGAAGCGCAGGCGAUGGAACUGACUGGGAAAAGGAAGACCAGUGUCUCAUGCCUGAAGCCUGGAAUGUGGACCAGGGAGUAAUUACCAAACUCAAGGAACAAUACAAAAAGGAGAGAAAGGGGAAAAAGGGGGUGAAGAGAAAAACUACCGAAGAUCUGUUUCAGCCUCUAUCCUAUAUAAAACAGUCAAAACAGGGAUGUGGGAGAAUGAAGAACCAAAGACCAGGGCCCAAUAGGUCAAAACUACAAGAUAUGCUUGCUAAUUUGAGAGAUGUUGAUGAACUUCCUUCAUUGCAGCCGUCUGUGGGUUCACCUGCCAGACCCAGCAGCUCCAGGCUUCCUGAACACGAAAUUAACAGGGCAGAUGAAGUGGAAGCACUGACGUUUCCUCCUUCUUCUGGGAAGUCGUUCAUCAUGGGAGCAGAUGAAGCCCUUGAAAGUGAACUGGGACUUGGAGAAUUAGCAGGCCUUACAGUGGCCAAUGAAGCAGAUUCACUGACUUAUGAUAUAGCAAACAAUAAAGAUGCAUUGAGGAAGACAUGGAACCCUAAGUUUACGUUGAGAAGUCACUUUGAUGGCAUUCGAGCCCUUGCUUUUCACCCCAUUGAGCCUGUUUUGAUAACAGCAUCAGAGGAUCACACAUUAAAAAUGUGGAAUUUGCAGAAAACAGCACCAGCCAAAAAGAGUACUUCUCUCGAUGUAGAGCCUAUCUAUACAUUCAGGGCUCAUAAAGGUCCAGUGCUUUGUGUGGUAAUGAGCAGCAAUGGUGAGCAGUGUUAUAGUGGAGGUACUGAUGGAGUGAUACAGGGCUGGAAUACCACCAAUCCCAACAUCGACCCCUAUGACUCUUACGAUCCUUCUGUCCUGAGAGGCCCUCUGGUAGGCCACACGGAUGCGGUCUGGGGUUUGGCUUACAGUGCAGCCCAUCAGCGUUUGCUGUCCUGUUCAGCAGAUGGCACUCUGCGUUUAUGGAGUACAGCUGAAAUUGCUCCAGCACUAAGUGUGUUUAAUGAUAACCAAGAACUGGGAAUCCCUGCCUCGGUGGAUCUAGUUAGCAGUGACCCAAGCCAUAUGGUAGCAUCAUUCAGCAAAGGAUAUACAAGCAUCUUUAACAUGGAAACGCAACAACGCAUUCUCACUUUAGAAUCCAAUCAAGAUACAAUAGCCACUUCUUCCUGCCAAAUAAAUAGAGUCAUCAGUCAUCCCACUCUUCCAAUCAGCAUCACUGCUCAUGAAGACAGGCACAUCAAAUUCUAUGAUAACAAUACAGGCAAACUGAUCCACUCUAUGGUAGCCCACCUAGAAGCUGUUACAAGUUUAGCAGUUGAUCCUAAUGGCCUGUACUUGAUGUCUGGCAGUCAUGACUGUUCAAUACGUUUAUGGAAUCUAGAAAGUAAGACAUGUAUUCAGGAGUUCACAGCUCAUCGGAAAAAGUUUGAAGAAUCGAUUCAUGAUGUAGCUUUCCACCCAUCCAAAUGCUACAUAGCUAGUGCUGGAGCUGAUGCACUAGCCAAAGUGUUUGUAUGACACAAUGCAUCAUCCUUCAUCUUCUAGCUCUUUAUAAAUAAUCAGCUGCACAAAAGAGAUACAGAAGACCAGGGCAAGAAUCAACUCUUCCUGCCCUUUUGUUCUGAAGGAGCACAGAGAACAUUUGUUAAAGUAUAGUUUUGCAAUUCGUAUACUGUUUUCUAAAACUAAGGUUUGUUCAGGUUGCUGCAAGCUCAGCUAAAUCCACGAGCCUGAAAACUGUUCCACAUUUUCCCCCCAAAUAGGCAUUUUUAUUUCAGAGAUGGUUGUGAUUCGCUAGGCAGGCCUGGGCGAAUACAGGUGUAGCAUAUCCAUAUUGAGUAAAUAAGGCAUGCUGUUAUGGAUGAUUGAACAGCUUGAUGGCUGGGAAUGAGCAGAGGAAGAGCAGAAACUUGGACCUAAUUCUGCUCUGAGAAAUCUCAUUAAACACAUUAGAUAGUCAAAACAGUAAUCUUUAUCAUAUCUACUAUACUAACGCCUUCGUUUAUAAUGACUGGGCAGUGUUACAAUGAGUUUUUAAUUUAGUUCUCCUUUUCACAUAAACACCUGUAAAAGCAUUUUACCUGUUGGGGAAGAAAAAGAAAUGCAAUAUGUUAAAUAUAUUAUUAUUCAGAAAUACUAAACAAAUAUUUAGUUUACAAGCAGAUUUUUAUGUUGUAUUACAGUUUUCAAGAUAGAUUUGGUACCAUCCUCAAGUUUGUCAAGCCCUCACUAUUACAAAAAGUAGUUGGUAAAGUCUGCUUAUACUAAAGGAUUUAACUUAUUCAGUUUCGAGAUUCUGUUUAGUUUUAAGGGUGAACAGGGAAUAUCUCUAUAAUGAUUUCUAUUUUAAAAUUCACUUUAUUCGUGUGGUAUUUAUAGUACCAGUGAUGAUUUAAUAUUGGUGAAAUUUUUUACCUUUCAGUGACUGAAAAGACGAAAGUUAUUUUCUGGUAUUCAUUUAUCAAAACCUACAUAACAAUGCUUCAGAUGUUCUCUGCUCUUUUUUGUCUUUUCAUUCAUGAUAUCUGAUGUGGAAAAUAAUUCAUAAUUAUUGUUUCAAUAGUCCAAAGAGUGUGGUUAACAUCAGACAGAAUUACUAAUUAAAGCAAAUGUUUUGUACCCCACAAGACCUUUAUUAAUAUCUCCAAGGAAAAAAACCUCCUGGAAAUCUAAAUGGAAGAGUUCAGUGUCUAAAAUGGGCUAAAAGGUUUUCUCUUUCUUUAUCUUUUCCCCAUUGUUGAAUUGGAAAAUACAUGUUUUAAUAAGCAGUGAAUGAGUAUUGAACCUGGAGAAAAACUAUUUCUUAAAAAGUCAGGCUUCUCUGAGCCCACCUUACCUGUGACCUAUAUGUGUUAGCUUUUGGGAUUCCCAUGAUUCCACUUCUUAAACUUAGUCCCCUAAUAUACAGACCUCAUCUCUACAACUAUUACACCUCUCCUCUUUCUCUCUCUCUCUUUUUACCCUAAAUUAUAUACAUAGAGAGAGAGACAAAUCUAAAAAUUAGAAAAUAUUAAUGUUCAGUUUUUCACCAAAAGGUAUGUGUAGUAGACCCUCAGACAGAAUUUAAGAAUUACAUCCAUAAAUAUUUUGAUCCAUUAAAAUAAUUUUGACAUUCCUAUCCCACAUAUUUCAUUGUCAUAGCAAUGAUACUUUUGAUAACACACACAUAGUCCUUGAAGAAAUAUUCUAGCCUAGUAGUGAUAUGGAUAAUAAUUGAUGAUAUUUCUUAGAAUUUCUGCUUGUCUGCCUCUAGAAUUCUGUAAUAUAUAGAUACAAUUUCUUGAAAGCUAAAACCUCUGCUAAAUUUGCCUGAUUGUUACACAGAUACGCUGUAGUAUAACACAGCUUCCUUUUCAUUUUCAGCUUUGUGCUUUGGUUAACAAGCAGGCUUAAGAGACUCAUUUAUAUAAUCAAAUGAAUUGACCUAGACAUGAGCUACAAGGUAAAUGUUUAUCUUUUCAUGCAGAUAGAGAAUACCACCUUGUAAAUUUAGUAAGUUCCUUUUGGUUCUCCAGGGAGUGAAGAAAGGGUGUUGAUGACCUAGGAUUUCUAGAAGGAUAUUGGAAAAUUGCAGUCAGGUACCCUUACUUGGUAUAUUUAUGACAGAUGAUUAUAAAGCUAUUGUUUUUUACCAGUUACUGCUUUAAUUACCUUCUAAGGUCUUCAGUGCCUGCUUUACUUAUGUCACUGAAAUUCUGAAAACCAAGACAUUCUUUUUCCCUGUUCAUUUUAAGGAUCAUGGUGAAAGUUUUCUGUUAAUGAGUAGAAAAUAACCAUGAGAUAUAUAGACUGUAGUGCAAAUGAUGGAACUGUUGAAAGUUCCUUAGAAAAGCCAGUGCUAUGCCACUGGAGACUGUGCACAGAGUCUUCUCCACUGGCGCCAUAUGAUCUUAGCCUAGAGAUGAGCCAAAGCUGUCUUCCAACCAGAGAGUAGCAUGUAUAUAUGUCUGACUUUUCCCCCAGCCGAUGGCAGUUUUUAUGAAAAUUAACAAAAUGAACAAAUUCAAGAUUUAAACAAUUACUAAAAUGCUUUCUUAGUGCUUGAUUUGUAAAUAUUUUGGACAAGAUGUAUUGGUAUAGUAUGAAAAUCAGUAGGAGGUGUGGGUCCCUGCCUUAUUUUCAUAUGCUAUGGAUACAUCUCUGGGAGCUUGCAGCACCCUUCUCAAAACUCAGCUGUCAUAUGGAGCUCGUUUGCUACUCAAACCACAGAAAGAUAUUUAACAUAAGUGAUAUAAUGACCAUCA